GCUCUCUCCAGAGGAGAGAGGGGCAGAGCCACUCCAUCAGAGAGUGGCUGCAUGCCCACAUCCAAGGGGCAGGGCGGAGCAUGGGGAGAGACCUGAGGACCCAGAAGACCAUGCCUUGCCUGAAAGUCCUACCUGAAGGCCGAAAGCACCUGCCCUAACAGAGCCUCCACAGCUGUCUGACAGGAAAACUGAGGCUCCAAGAAGUUAAAUCACUCAAGUGGGUGGCAGUCCGCAGCUCGAGCUCUCCUCUCCAGGAAGAGGUGGUUCCCACGGCAACCCCUCUCUGUGUGGGCAGCUCCCCAACAUGAGCUACAGACUCCACUUGACCUUGGUGUGUCUGCAUCUCUUGGCUGGAAGGAUGUGCAUCCAAGGGCAUCAGUUUAACAUCGAGGUCAGCAGAAGCGACAAGCUGUCCCUGCCCGGCUUCGAGAACCUCACAGCAGGGUACAACAAAUUUCUCAGGCCCAAUUUUGGCGGAGAACCUGUCCAGAUAGCGCUCACCCUGGACAUUGCGAGUAUUUCUAGCAUAUCCGAGAGUAACAUGGACUACACAGCCACCAUAUACCUCCGACAGCGCUGGGCAGACCAGCGGCUGGUAUUUGAAGGCAACAAGAGCUUCACGCUGGACGCCCGCCUUGUGGAGUUUCUCUGGGUGCCAGACACUUACAUCGUGGAGUCCAAGAAGUCCUUCCUCCACGAAGUCACCGUGGGAAACAGGCUCAUCCGCCUCUUCUCCAAUGGCACGGUCCUGUACGCACUCAGAAUCACCACGACGGUUGCGUGCAACAUGGAUCUUUCUAAAUACCCCAUGGACACACAGACGUGCAAGCUGCAGCUGGAGAGCUGGGGCUACGAUGGAAAUGACGUAGAGUUCACCUGGCUGAGAGGGAAUGACUCUGUGCGUGGGCUGGAAAACCUGCGGCUUGCUCAGUACACCAUCCAGCGGUAUUUCACCUUAGUCACCAGGUCACAGCAGGAGACAGGAAAUUACACACGCCUGGUCUUGCAAUUUGAGCUUCGGAGGAAUGUCCUGUAUUUCAUUUUGGAAACCUACGUCCCCUCCACUUUCUUGGUGGUGUUGUCCUGGGUGUCAUUUUGGAUCUCCCUCGAUUCAGUUCCUGCGAGAACCUGCAUUGGCGUGACCACUGUGUUAUCCAUGACCACACUGAUGAUUGGGUCCCGCACUUCUCUUCCUAACACCAACUGCUUCAUAAAGGCCAUCGACGUGUACCUGGGGAUCUGCUUUAGCUUCGUGUUUGGGGCCUUGCUGGAAUACGCAGUUGCUCACUACAGCUCCUUACAGCAGAUGGCAGCCAAAGAUAGGGGAACAACGAAGGAAGUGGAAGAAGUCAACAUUACCAACAUCAUCAACAGCUCCAUUUCCAGUUUUAAACGAAAGAUCAGCUUUGCCAGCAUUGAAAUUUCUGGUGAUAAUGUCAACUACAGUGACUUGACAAUGAAAACCAGUGACAAGUUUAAGUUUGUCUUCCGAGAAAAAAUGGGCCGGAUUGUUGAUUAUUUCACAAUUCAAAACCCCAGUAAUGUUGAUCGCUAUUCUAAAUUACUGUUUCCUUUGGUUUUUAUGUUAGCCAAUGUAUUUUACUGGGCAUAUUACAUGUAUUUUUGAGGCAAAGUUGAACUUUCUGCAUGCUGUAGAUCCUCAACAGAACAAAGUAAUGAUGUAAAUUGUACCCUAGACCAACUGAGCACCCUAAUCUAAUGGUACUACAAAUAACUAAAAUAACAUUUGGACAUUUUUCCUCAAAGAAUGGACCUCCAACUAUUAUUCUAAAUUGCAUGGAAAUCCUAGCAGCACCCAACACUAGCCCUGACCCUUUUUCCCACUGAGAUACUUGUACAAUUCCAUUUCAAUGGGUUUGAUCUCCUGAUCUGCUAACAAAGUAUUUCUCAUAAGAAUGGGUUGAUUGAAAAGAGGUGGAAUGUGGUUGUAUGGUUUGAUCAUAUUUGUAAUUUUUAAAAAUAUAUAUUUAAAAGGAAGUAACUGCUCUUAAACCCUAUUUAAAUAUUAUCUAAAGAUUACUGUAAGGAUGUGAAAGUGUGAAAUAAAUACACCAUUUAGCUACCCACCAGAUCAAGUGGUUGUACAUGGAAUGGAAAUAGCUGCCUGUUCCUCUCUCGUAUUUAUGUAUAAAGGACACCCCCUGGAGCCCAAGCUUACAAACCUACUCCAGGCUGCUUGCUCAGUGACGCCCUGGGCUGGAUUCACCUUCUAUGGAAAAUGGGAAGGACUCUGUUCCAUGUAUCAGGUAACCAGCAAGUGUCAGGGGUUGUUUCUCAGUUAACCAUCCACACUAUUAAAUUUCUGCCAUGUUUAUAUAGCCGAUUGUUAUCUAUGCAGGGAGUAAUAGUUUCCAGUUUUUGUUUUUGAUUCAAAUGCAACGUGGGCUUUCAAUUCACUGCAAGUCACUGAACUAGCUCAAUAGCAAGAUGAGUUUUUAGUGAUGAGUAUUAUUUAAUAGCACAGAAUUGUCCCCAAAUUCCAGUAAGUUCUGUCAUUAAAAAAUCAAGUAUAAGUGAAAGAAAAGUUAAUGAAUCAAUAAUCUAAAGCAGGAAUCCCUGUUCCCAAGAUGUAAUGGAUUCCCCAGACUGGAAGGACAUGGGGACAUCACUCCUGCCUUAAGCAUGUCUCAUCAUUUUACUGUAAGUACAUCAGUUCCAAACCAUUCCUAUUGGUUUAGAAUUCCUGUUGCUUUUCCCAAAACAGGGUUUGAAAUGGAAGAAUUUUCAUGUCUGUUCUAGAUGUCUACAUCUGGACUUUGACAUGAAAACUUGCAGAAUUGAGUCCAUUUUCUAGCUGCCUGCACUCACAAACUGGUGAGGUACUGAAAGCACCAGGUUGACACAGUCCGAGUCCUCUGUCAUUUUUGCUGCUCUAGUAUUCAGCAAUGCUUUCCAAGCUGAAAAUCCCCUGCAUCUUUCCAAGAGGAGCUUUCAUCCCUAUGCUCUCAUGACCAGGAAUAAUGCUUCCUAGAUAAUGAGCUGUAUCACCCAGAAACAAGUGUCUUAGCUCAAGUAACCUUGGCCUUGCGCAGAUCCCUGAUCCUUCUGGCUGGACCACUCUGAGUGGCUUAUCUGCAUACAUGAGCAGCAGAAUGUUGGCCCCGGGUUCUGGACUUUCUAAUAAUGGACACUUAAAGAACCUAUGUUCAGGUAACAGGUGAGCUAUCUUCUCCAAGCCCAGCCAGUCUCACUUCAACAUAAGAAGCACAAACAUGCAUCUCUUCCAGUUCCCUGGCCAAGCUAAGCUAACAGCACACAUAUGGUGAUUUGUGAGUGUGCCAGGGUAAAGCCUCCUGCUUUGGUUAUGUUGAAGGAUCCCACUGUCUUAAUUCUUUAACUUCUUUUUCUAAUAAAUGCACAAUUUCACCUUUUCUUUCAGAAAUAAACCAUGGUUUUAGAGAUCAUUUCUCUUCUACAACUCCCUAUAUCCAUAGACUCUCAAUUUUCCCAUUGCGAUAUGUCUACAAUUCCAUUUCAAAGGGUUUGAUCAGCCUAUAUGCUAACAGAAUGUUUCUAAUUGGAAUGAGUUGAUUAAAAGAGGUGGAAUGUAUUUGUUUGCUUUGAUCAUAUUUGUGAUUUUUUGUUAAAAAAAAGGCUUGAAAUAUUUGCUCUGAAGCCCCUUUUAAACAUUAUCUGAGGAUAACUGUAAAAUGUGAAACUGUGAAAUAAAUGCACGUGUUAACUA